AUGGAUGGUGACCAACAAGUGUUCAGUCCUGUCAGAUACGCGACAGGGGUGGAGCAUUCACCGCGUCGCCAAGCUCGCUUACUCCGCAAGGCUGAGGGAUUCGAAGCCGAUAGUGACGACGGCCGGAAGAUCGUGGUCCCGCCAAAAGAUUCGUCCAACCUCGACGGCAACCAUUCACCGAAUGUGGGAAGCGUCGGUGUAGGGUCCCCUCGCUCCUCCCCGCAACCCUCAGCGUCACCACCGCGCUAUCUGCCACCGCACCUGCACGACGAAGUUCUAGUUGACGCUCCUGACUCUGGAAGUCUUGCCGCGAGAGACAACAGCAAUUACACGGGGGCAAGCUCACCCAGCGAGGCCUACGCCAACCUGACCCUCGACAGCCGCGAGGGCUCCUUCACCGAUCUCGACCGCAUACGAACCGCCGAGCAACACUCGCAGAGGCCUCCUCCACGGGCAUCGUCACCCGCCAAGCGCCUCCAUUCAGACAUGGACGACAAGCCAGACGCCGACAACACACGCACCAACGACGCGCAGUCGGGCUCCCGAGCCGGCAAGCCCCUGCCUACAAGCACAUCACAGCGCAGUGCGCGCGCAACUUCGGUCGAGAUGGCCGAUGCGCCCAACGGCAGCGGCCUCGACGGCCACGGCGACGCCUCUCCACGUACCGACAUGCCCAGCAUCGACGAGCAGGUGACUCGCGUCAUGGGCAUGAUGUCUACAGAGGCUCUGGUGGACCGGCAGGAGGGCUAUGUUAUCUCCGAGCAGUGGCUAGAGCGUGUCUGGGCAAGGACGUCGGAAAACAUAAGCAGGCCAAAUGACUUCAGCAAAGACGCAACCGAGGGCCCUGUCGGCGCGGUAGACAAUUCGCAUCUUGUCGACACAGAGCUGAUGCAUGAGGACCUGGUCGACCAGCAUGGAGAAGACUUUGUCCCGCUCAGCAAGGCGGCGACUCUGGGUCAAGAUUUUGAGAUCCUGCCCCGCAAAGCAUGGGACUUGGUUCAAAGCUGGUAUGGGCUCGACAAGUCAAGUCCUAUCAUACGUCGGUACGCCCACAACACGGUACCAGGAGGAGUAAGCGAAGACAUUUCCUACGAGCUGCACCCUCCCAUCUUCACAAUCCGAAAAGUGCGAAAAUCUCCAAACCCCACCGACAGCGCCACACCAGCCGCAAAGCUCGUUGCGAGCAGAUACGAGAGUUUCGUUGCCUUCAUUGAAGCCGCGAAAAAAGCCGCCGGCAUUGAUCUUAACAACAAAGUCCGCAUUUGGCGGAUACUCACGCCUGCUCCCACAGAUCAGCCCCAGCCAUCGCAACCCUCUGGCAUAUUAACACCUGACGCGUCCCCUCGUAACGGAUCUCCCAUUGCGCCAGCACCUGCUCAGCGGCCUUCGCUUGUCAUGGGCGUCGAAAGUUUCAAUGGCCUUGCCUUUGGCUCGGAGCGCGAGCUGGUUACUGGCAAAGAUGAGAAAGACAACGAGGCUUCCAACGAGGACCUUACCUUGGCCGAUGCUGGUUUGACCCAGGACCAAAUUAUUGUACUUGAGGAACACGAUGAAAAAGGCGAAUACAUAGCAGAGACCACCAAAACGGCGUCAAAGAGCAAGACUAAUGCUUUGGUCGGCAAGAGCAAUCCUAACAGCGGGAGGAGUACUCCAACGGGAGGCCCUGUAACGCGUGGAAGGAAGCAGAAUGGCAAAGUUCGUGGCCACGUCGGGCUUACGAAUCUUGGCAACACGUGUUACAUGAACUCCGCUCUCCAAUGUCUACGAAGUGUCGAAGAGCUAAGCAUGUACUUCCUAAACAACAAAUGGAAGGACGAAGUCAACGUGGACAAUCCCAUCGGUUUCAAAGGUGUCAUCGCCAAGUCGUAUGCCGGGCUACUGAGCUCUAUUUAUGGCUUGGACAACAAUUCCUCCGUCUCGCCCAAGGACUUUAAGCUCAAGCUAGGCAGGGCUAACCCAAUGUUCUCUGGCUAUGGGCAGCAGGACUCUCAAGAGUUCGUCAGCUGGCUGGUCGAUGCGCUCCAUGAAGAUCUAAAUCGUAUCAUCAAGAAGCCAUACCUAGAGAAUCCCGACUCUGAUGAUAAUACCUUUCGCGAUCCAGAGGCAGUCAAGCGACUCGGUGAGAUUUAUAGACAAAAUUACUGGGCGCGUAACGACUCUGUAGCCAUGGAUUUGUUCAAUGGAUUCUACAAGAACACCAUGGUAUGCCCAGAUUGCGAGAAAGUCAGCAUUACUUUCGACCCAUACAGUCAGCUCACCUUGCAGCUGCCGGUAGAGCAGUCCUGGUCUCAUACCAUCACUUACGUGCCACUGACUGGCAAGCCUGUCCAGAUCGAGCUUGACGUCGACAAGAACACCACAAUCAAAGCUUUGAAAGACUUUGUCGGCAAGCGCGGUGGCGGCGUUCCAGCCAACCGCAUAAUGGCGUCAGAGGUCUACAGCCACAAAUACUAUCGACACUUGGACGACGCUUCCACAAUAGCGGAGUCGAACAUAGGCGCACGAGAUGACAUCUACUUUUAUGAAUUGGAAAUGGCUCCUAGCAACUGGCCAGUUCCUAAGAAGAAGGGCUCCAAAUAUCGUGUGAUGCUUUCACAGUCCUCUGAUGAGGAGAUUCCGGAGACAGUUUCACCGCUCCAUGACCGCGUUGUAUUCCCAAUGUUCCACCGGAUACCCAGCCAGUCUGCAUACAGGGCGACGGGGCAGUCCAUGGCAUUGUGGCCUAGUUUUAUCGUCCUCACCAGGGAGGAAGCGAAGGAUUAUGACACAAUCCUCCGAAAGGUUUUGGCUAGGGUUGCUGGGAUGACUACUCGCCCAAUUCUCAGUGAGCUUAGUGGACAAGACCAGUCGCGUCCUGGGUCCGACGUUGUGUUGACAACAGAAGAGGACGCAUCACCAAACGAUCCCCAAGUCCAAGAUGGAUCUGUUGAAGGCGAGGACAUGGUUGAGGUUACAAUGACGGAUGCAAAGGAUACGCCUGUAGCUCGAACUAACGAAGCUGAUGAAAUUCCUGAGAUUCUUCGACCGGGCAGCUAUAUCCAUCCGGAGUUCAGGAAUCUGUUUGAGAUGAAGCAUACAAGGAAGAGCUCGGAGAUCGUUACCACUGGCUGGAGUACCGUCGAUUACUCAAAACCACUUGAACCUAUCUCGAAGCGAAUCAAGAUACCAUCAUCCCGAGAGGAAUCUGUACAAUCGUCUGCUGCUGGAAGCGAGACUACUUCCAGCGACGAAGAUGAGGAUGCAUCCCAGGCCACGAUCGUUGAUGCGGACGCAGUAAUCGAUGCAGCCAAUGUUAGUAGCGACGAGGAAAUGCAGUCCAUCGAGCCAGAAGCUCCAGAGUUCGCUCGGUCUGGCCGCCAGAAUAAGAAGAAGAGCAAAAAAGCGCGCAAACACGAGCGCAAGAUGGAACGAAAACACAAAAACAACAAGAACUUCAAGAACAAGAAAGCAGGCAAGGUGCCAGACCAACCGAACUAUCCGGAUGAUCCUGAAGACGAGUCUGACGAAAGAUUGCUUCGAAUGGGCGAGGCUCUUGUUCUUGAUUGGGAUUCCAAAGCUUAUGACGCACUGUUUGGGGCCACGACGGCAGAUGAUCCCAGGGGCGCGGACUCGAUGAAGUCUAUUGAACUCCUUGAUGACCCAGAGCUUCAGGAGAAGAAAGAGAAGCGUGCAGCCCGUCGCAAGCAUGGCAUCAAUCUCGAUGAGUGUUUCAAUGAAUCCUCCAAGAGCGAAGUGCUCUCGGAAGACAACGCGUGGUACUGCAGCCGUUGUAAGGAAAGGCGUAGGGCAACAAAAACACUCGAGAUCUGGACUGUUCCCGACAUUCUCAUCAUACAUCUCAAGCGCUUCAGUGGAGCGAGAAACUUCCGAGACAAGAUUGAGGAUUUGGUCGAUUUCCCCAUAGAGGGACUAGACUUGUCUGGCAAAGUCGGCUUCUCUGAGGGCAAGGAUCUCACUUACGAUCUGUUCGCUGUCGACAAUCACUUCGGUGGGCUUGGAGGCGGUCAUUACACAGCCACUGCGCAGAACUUCUUCGACAAGCAGUGGUACGACUACAAUGACUCAAUAGUGACCAAAUGCGAAUCGGGGCGGAAAGCUGUAUCAAGAUCAGCCUACCUUCUGUUCUACCGACGCCGUUCGCCUGUCCCUUUAGGCCCUCCCUCCCUUCAGCAGAUUGUAACCGCCGACAUCAGCAACCCCGGCUCUGACGAAGAUAACGACACAGAACUUCGCUCCCGCUCACCGGCGGGAAACGGCUUGCGCCUCGGCGAUUCGUCCCGCAAUGGGUCGUCGAGCGCUGGCGCAGUCGCAGCGGGAGCCGUAGCCCUGCGCGCGGGUGGUUAUCCGCGCUCAGCAGCCGCGAACCGUCCAAAGAACGGAGUCGCAGCCGCGAGCCAGAGUGAUGAAGAAGAGCUGCCGGCCUAUGCCGAUGAUGAGGGUUACGCUGACGAGAUCCCGUACAACACCGGCACUAAUGUCUGGGAUGAUACUGACCAGCCAGUCUGGAGCUUCAACAGCCUCAAUAGCACGGGCUUGGGUGGUCGCAACGACUCUGACGAUGACGGCAUUGCAUCCGAUACUGGCGCUCUGGGUUCAGAAGCUGACGAAGGUGGCUUGGGUAAUAGGCUGAUGGAGGACUUUGGUGACGACGGCCCAGUAAAGAGUGGUUGGAGUGGUGUCAACACACCUAUUACACAUCAGGACGACGAAGUAGCUGAAAUAAGGCUCGUUGGCGACGAGUGA